GGGUUUUCCCGGCCCGUAAAAGUUCUUCCCAACUUUUCCUUCCCGAGCGGGCUCAGCGGGCGCAGGCAGAGGGCAGGUUGCUGCGCUCCUGUUCGCUCAGCUGCCUGUCCUCCCGGCUCAGGUCCUCGGGGAGCGGCAGACACAAAGUGGCCGCUGGCGGUCCUUCCCCUCCCACCUCAGCCAUCCUGCCCGGCCUCCUCUCCUCGGCACCCCUCCCGCGGGACAGCCCCGGGCUUAGGUGGCUGUCCUUUUCCUCCGGCUCCGUGCGUUCCGGCGCUGACUCUCGCGCCGGGAUCGCAGCGGAAACCUCCCUCCCCUUUCGCCUCCUCGGGCUCCUACCCUCCGCCCCUCCUCCGCCAGCCACUGGAAUCAAUUCCUUGGGGAAUCGGGGCUCUGCCGCCGCGGCGGAGGACAGCCUUUCCGUGCGGAACUCCAGGGCACCGACCGGGCCAUGUAAGCAGAGCUCCUGCAGAGUCCCACACUGGGCAUGGCCACCUUUUCCUGUGUCUGGAGGAGCACGGCUGGUAGUACCAUCGCCCAGUCCCGAAACUGCUAAGGCCAUCUCAGGCACGUGGGCGCCGGCACCCGAGGGCCGCGUCCGAGGGCCACAGAGCCAUGCCUUUCGGCCUGAAGCUCCGCCGGACACGGCGCUACAAUGUCCUGAGCAAGAACUGCUUCGUGACCCGGAUCCGCCUGUUGGAUAGCAGUGUUAUCGAGUGCACGUUGUCGGUGGAAAGCACAGGGCAGGAGUGCCUGGAGGCUGUGGCUCAGAGGCUGGAGUUGCGGGAGACGCAUUACUUUGGCCUUUGGUUUCUGAGCAAGAGCCAGCAAGCACGAUGGGUGGAGCUGGAGAAACCUCUGAAGAAACAUCUGGACAAAUUCGCUAAUGAGCCUCUGCUUUUCUUCGGAGUCAUGUUCUAUGUGCCAAAUGUGUCAUGGCUUCAGCAGGAGGCCACAAGAUAUCAGUAUUACCUGCAAGUCAAAAAAGAUGUGCUUGAAGGACGAUUGCGGUGUACAUUGGAACAGGUGGUUCGGCUGGCCGGCUUAGCUGUGCAAGCUGAUUUUGGAGACUACAAUCACUUUGAUUCUCAAGAUUUCCUCAGAGAAUAUGUGCUGUUUCCUAUGGAUUUGGCCCUGGAAGAGGCCGUCCUGGAGGAGCUAACACAGAAAGUAGCCCAGGAACACAAAGCCCACAGUGGAAUCCUGCCAGCCGAAGCUGAACUUAUGUACAUCAACGAAGUGGAACGUUUGGAUGGAUUUGGACAAGAAAUCUUCCCUGUGAAGGACAAUCAUGGAAACAGUGUGCACCUGGGCAUUUUCUUUAUGGGGAUUUUCGUGAGAAACAGAAUUGGAAGACAAGCAGUCAUACACAGGUGGAACGACAUCGGGAACAUCACUCAUACCAAGUCGACUAUUCUAGUGGAGCUCGUGAACAAGGAGGAGACGGCGCUCUUUCACACGGAUGAUAUUGAAAACGCCAAGUAUAUUUCUCGGUUGUUUGCUACACGGCACAAGUUUUAUAAGCAAAACAAAAUCUGCACUGAACAAUCAAAUUCUCCACCCCCCAUCAGACGCCAGCCCACUUGGAGCCGAUCCUCUCUGCCCCGGCAGCAGCCGUACAUCUUGCCUCCCAUGCACGUCCAGUGUGGUGAACACUACUCAGAAACACACACUUCGCAAGACAGCAUUUUCCAUGGGAACGAAGACGCCUUCUAUUGCAACUCUCACAACAGCCUGGACUUAAAUUAUUUAAACGGCACCAUCACCAACGGCAGCGUGUGUAGCGUUCACAGCAUCAACUCCCUGAACUGCUCCCAGAGUUUCAUUCAGGCGUCUCCCGUCUCUUCCAACCUCAGUAUCCCUGGGAGUGACAUCAUGCGGGCUGACUACAUCCCCAGCCACCGGCACAGCGCCAUCAUCGUGCCAUCUUACCGGCCCACGCCCGAUUAUGAGACAGUCAUGCGCCAGAUGAAGAGGGGGGUCAUGCAUACGGACAGCCAGAGUCAGUCUCUGCGCAAUCUCAACAUCAUCAACACCCAUGCCUACAACCAUCCGGAGGAACUGGUGUACAGCCAGCCCGAGAUGCGGGAGAGGCACCCCUACACUGUCCCGUAUGGACCACAGGGGGGCUACAGUAACAAACUUAUCGGUCCAUCUGACCAGAUAAACCCAAAGAGUAAUUCGGUGCCCAGCAAGCCGGGGGCAAGUGCCAUCUCACACACGGUGAGCACCCCAGAGCUGGCCAACAUGCAGCUCCAAGGCACCCAUAACUACAACACAGCCCACAUGCUCAAAAACUAUCUCUUUAGGCCGCCGCCCCCAUACCCACGGCCCCGCCCUGCCACCAGCACCCCAGACCUGGCCAGUCACCGCCACAAGUAUGUCAGUGGCAGCAGCCCCGACCUGGUGACCCGCAAGGUGCAGCUCUCAGUGAAGACCUUCCAAGAGGACAGCUCCCCGGUGGUGCAUCAGUCUCUGCAGGAGGUGAGCGAGCCCCUCACGGCCACCAAGCACCAUGGCACGGUGAACAAGCGCCAUAGCCUGGAGGUCAUGAACAGCAUGGUGCGGGGCAUGGAGGCGAUGACGCUGAAGUCACUCAACAUCCCCAUGGCUCGUCGCAACACGCUCCGGGAGCAGGGGCCACCCAAGGAGGUGCCAGGGGGCCACGAGCUUCCCCAGCUGCCCCAGUAUCACCACAAGAAGACUUUCUCUGAUGCCACAAUGCUGAUCCACAGCAGCGAGAGCGAGGAGGAGGAAGAGGCUGCAGAAUCGGUGCCGCAGAUCCCUGGGCUCCGAGAGAAGAUGGAGUACAGUGCCCAGCUGCAGGCGGCCUUAGCCCGAAUCCCAAACAAGCCCCCUCCUGAGUAUCCUGGCCCGAGGAAGAGUGUGAGCAAUGGGGCGCUGAGACAAGAGCAGGUUAGCCUUCCCCCAGCCAUCGCCAGAGCCAGGGUGCUGAGGCACGGGCCUGCCAAGGCCAUCAGUGUCUCCCGGGCUGACCAGCUGGCCGUCAAUGGGUCCUCUCUUGGUCCAUCCAUCUCAGAACCCGACCUGACAAGUGUGAAGGAGCGGGUCAAAAAAGAGCCCGUGAAGGAGAGACCGGUGUCCGAAAUGUUCUCCCUGGAGGACAGCAUUAUAGAAAGAGAGAUGAUGAUCAGGAAUCUAGAGAAGCAGAAGAUGGCAGGCCUGGAGGCGCAGAAGAGGCCGCUGAUGUUGGCAGCGUUGAAUGGACUCUCAGUGGCUCGUGUCUCAGGGCGGGAGGAGAGUCGCGUUGAUGGCACCCGAGUUCCCAUGGACGAGAGGUUCAGAACCUUGAAGAAGAAGCUGGAAGAGGGAAUGGUGUUCACAGAAUAUGAGCAAAUUCCAAAGAAAAAGGCGAAUGGCAUUUUCAGCACAGCGGCUCUGCCAGAAAACGCCGAGCGCAGCCGGAUCCGUGAAGUCGUCCCCUAUGAGGAGAACCGAGUAGAGCUGAUCCCGACCAAAGAAAAUAACACCGGUUACAUUAAUGCCUCCCACAUCAAGGUGGUGGUUGGUGGGGCAGAAUGGCACUACAUAGCCACUCAGGGGCCCCUGCCACAUACGUGCCAUGACUUCUGGCAGAUGGUGUGGGAGCAGGGAGCAAACGUGAUUGCCAUGGUCACUGCAGAAGAGGAGGGCGGACGAACCAAGAGCCACCGAUACUGGCCUAAACUGGGUUCCAAGCACAGCUCAGCCACCUAUGGCAAGUUCAAGGUCACCACAAAGUUCCGAACAGAUUCUGGUUGCUAUGCAACCACAGGCUUGAAGGUCAAGCACCUUUUGUCUGGGCAGGAAAGGACGGUGUGGCAUUUGCAGUACACUGACUGGCCAGAUCACGGCUGCCCAGAGGAUGUCCAAGGAUUCUUGUCCUACUUGGAGGAGAUCCAGUCGGUCCGUCGCCAUACCAACAGCAUGCUGGAAGGCACCAAGAACCAGCACCCUCCCAUUGUCGUCCACUGCAGUGCUGGGGUGGGAAGGACCGGCGUGGUCAUUCUCUCUGAGCUGAUGAUCUAUUGCCUGGAGCACAAUGAAAAGGUGGAAGUGCCCAUGAUGCUGAGGCUCCUCAGGGAGCAAAGGAUGUUUAUGAUCCAGACCAUCGCUCAGUACAAGUUUGUCUACCAGGUCCUCAUCCAGUUCCUCCAAAACUCCAGACUCAUUUAACCUCCCGCCCCAGCUCCUGGAAGAGGGACCCAGCUCCAUCUUGCAGAUGGGAAAGCACCUCCAGACAACAUCUUCUCUCUCCUUCAGCAGGGAGCGGAUGGCCAGAGCCGGCAGGCCACGGGCUCCCUGAAGAAGGAAGCCAAGUUUAUUCAUAAACAUCAUGUAUUAUUUUUUAUGAGAUAAUUUAUUUUUUUCCCCUUUGGAAUAACGUUUGUGAAUCAUGGUAAUGCAGUUUUCACAGUAAUGUAGUACUUUUCAUUUGAACCACAUUUUGACUGAUCUGCAUUGUAACGCAUCAGUGGGGGGCGGGGGUUGCCGGGUGGGCCAUUUGGGGGACAGAGGCAUAAGGGAAUGCAUCUCUUGUGAAGCUGCAGCCAAAUUUGUAACCAACCCUGAAAUUCUUCAGCUUCAUUGUUCAUGUCCAAAUCAAAGAUGGCAAGAAAAUGAAUUCAUCCUAGAAUAUAGAGAUAAGGGCCAAGACCCUUUCCUGCAGGGAAAAAAACCCACAUUGUUAUAUUUUGGACUCAUGAGCCUUGGUGGACAGGUUUCUUCCUUCUUCCUUUCUGUCAUCACCCUCAGUAGUCUCCUUCCCUUUCCCUAACCCCUGACCUUGGGUUAAAGACGGAACAGCUAGAGGAAGUGCUGCCAUUACGGCGUAGUAAUUGGCAUCACCAGGUUGAAAGAGAAGAUCUGUGUUGUACCUUUUCCAACCCCCCCCUUAGUCUGGGCUCUGGAGCCUGUGUUUCCUUGCCAGGAGCUGCACCCUCAGUAUUUGCUGCUUCUCCCCAUUUGCUCAGGGGGUCCCCAGCCAGUGGCCUUUGAGGCCCUGGGCCAGGCCAUCUGUGCAGCUAGGCCUCUCUUGCCUGAUUGAGAAGAUAAUGAAGCAGAGCAAGAAGAGAAAGGAGACAGGCAGGCACUUGAUACUGUAUUUAAAUAUGAUACGUGUGCUGGACAGAGGCCUGAAGGUCAAGGUGAUGGCUGUAUUCUGUCUUUCCAUCAGUCACCAAAUCAUUGGAAAGAUUAUUAAAAAAACAGUUGGGAAAGCUGAUUUAUGGGGGUUGUUUGGCACUCAGGUAGCAAGGGCCCUGGCCAGGAGACACACUGAGUGUGACCUCACUGUGCUGGUAUCACCUCUGGGCUUUGGUCUAUGACAGCAGAGCGAAGCCCAUGCAGGACCCUGUCGUCCUGAUCUUGGUCCACGUGACUAAAGACAGUGGAACUCGUCUCACACAAGUCCUGUGGUGGUCUCCUCUUCCCAUAAACCCGCUCUGUGGUCACGUGUGGUGUUAACACUGCCCUCAGUGUGAGCUGUCUCAGUCUGUCUCUUUCUGUGCCUUCAUUGGUCACUGUCCUCAAUUCUUAGGUUAGUAGUAGGUGCGAUAAAAAAAUAGGUGUGAAAUAGUAGUAGGUGUGAAAUGAAUGUUUAAAUUAAAAAAAAAAAUUAUUACAGUAAAAGACACAUU